AUGCAAGCCAUCACACUGGGGGCCGCCUGGCGGCCGCUCAUUCUGAUUGUCAUGGCUGUGGCUCAUGCAGAAGCUCUGCGAUGUGCCAUGUACCUGACGGGCCAGCACAACGUGGUGCCCGCAGAUGCAAACAUGACUGCCGACAUCACUCAUGUGAUUCUCGCCUUUAUGCGAUCCGACACCUUCAACGUUGAUCAGUCGCCGCCCACUUGGCCGCUCUUCACCACUGUUGAUCGAGUCCGACCCCGGUUUGGUCCUCACACCAAGGUCAUGAUUGCGAUUGGCGGAUGGGGCGAUUCACUGGGCUUUGAGGAGGCCGCUCGCGAUGCCCAGACGAGGGCUCGUUGGGCUGGGCAGGUUGCGGCCAUGGUAGCCCAGACCGGCGCCGACGGCGUCGACAUUGACUGGGAAGGCAACCGGGACGACUACAAGCAAAUUCCCAACGAUAAACGCCAGUGGGAGGUCGAGGCCUUUGUUCAACUGCUUGACGCCCUGCGAGCCUUGCUGGGCCCGCACAAGAUGCUGUCCAUUGCCGUUCCGGCAGUCGAACGUGACUUGAUGGCCUUUACGCCCUCCACCGUUCCACGCAUCAUCAAGAGUGUCGACUUUAUCAAUGUCAUGACCUAUGACAUGAUGAACAGACGAGACACCACGGUUCGCCAUCACAGCGGUGUGGCCGACUCCCGAGAUGCCCUGGAGCGUUACGUGGACCGCGGUGCGCCGCCGGCUAUGCUGAACCUUGGCCUCGGGUACUACGUCAAGUGGUUCAUGACGAAAGACUGCGACCCGGAUCAUCCUCUUGGGUGUCCGACGCAGCUCCUCGAGGAUCCCGAAACGGGUGCCGACAAGGGCAGGACAGCUGCCUUUAGCUAUCACGACGAGACCCCGAGCGAGCUGGUCGAGUCGUUUGCUCGCGCCCGGAGCCACGGCACCUACUUUGACGACGGCAGCUAUGGCUACUGGGACGAAGCAGAGCGACGGUGGUGGUCCUUUGACACGCCACAGACGAUUGAGCGAAAGCUGGCCGAAGUCGUUGGGCCAUUCAAAGCUGGGGGCGUUUUUGCCUGGGGCCUAGGUGAGGAUGCGCCCAAGUUUGAGCAUCUGGCGGCUACGACGGCUGGAGCCAAGCGAUUGAGGGAAAGGCGGGAUGAGUCUGGGAACGAGGCGACCCGGGACGAGCUGUAA